UCGGUUUCCGGUUUGCAGUGCCCCGGAAGUGACGCUGGAGGAGGCGGACGGGCCAGUUCCGCUCGCGCUGCGUUUCCCUAACGGCGGAUCCGAGCGACCGGGAGUCAGUGGAGCCCGCGCCCAGGCCGUGCCUCCGUCACUGCCCCCGGGGCCUAGCGGCCGGUAAUCCAAAAAACAGAUGAAGAGUGGAAGUGACCACUGACUUUGCAAACAGUACUACAUUUUGUUGGGUUUGGUCAAGUUUGUGGUGAAUUCUUGCAGCUGUGACUAUGUCGGUGGAUAUGAAUAGCCAGAGUUCUGACAGUAAUGAUGACUAUAAUGGAGACUCUGAGGAAGAAGACCAGGGUGAUAUGAGUACCUAUUACGAAGGAGUAGAGUGCGAUGUGGAGCAGCAAGGUGCAGAUGCCUUUGAUCCAGAGGAAUAUCAGUUCACAUGUCUGUCAUACAAGGAGUCAGAGAAUGUGUUAAAUGAACAAGUCGAUAUCAUGGCAGAUGCUCUUAAGGUAAGACUUUGCAAGAUAUUUUGGGCCAUUUUUUGACACCUGCACGUUUGA